GUGUAAUGGCCUGAUAUGAAGACUAUAUUUUUGUCUUAAAUGCAAUACGGGAAAUAAUCUACUUAUUUUAAGUGCGAUAUCAGAUUUAGCAACCGCAUCUAAAUUAAUAUUUCGGACAUUAGGGCCUAAAAUAUGGCUUCCAAAGUACCUUUAGCGUAUUUCUUUUUAGUGACACUUAAUUUCAUCAUUUUUAAGAAUGUCGACUCAUAUGGAGGACCAAAAGGUUACUAUAGCAACGAAUGGCUUCUUAAAACUAAUGGUGGACAACCAGGUGCAAAGUCUCUCGCAGAAAACAAUGGAUUUCAGAUCUUAGCAGAGUUGUCCGGAGGCUAUUUUGUUUUGAGAAGAACGGAGAUUAAACCACCAACACGAAAACAAGACGCGCCAAUUGCAGAUUUAUCUAGACAUUCACAGGUUGAGUACUUACACCAACUAAGGUAUUUGAAUCGGACAGCGAAAUCAACGUUCCCAGAUUCGAGUGUACUAAACGACAGUUACUGGCCUCAAAUGUGGCAUGUGCACGACGAUACGUUUCCCAGUAUGGGGGUUUAUGGUUCUUGGAGACGGGGCUUCUCUGGAAACGGGAUAGCAAUCAGCGUCCUUGACGACGGUGUUGAGCCUGAUCAUCCGGAUCUUGUGGGAAAUUAUGACGAGACUAGAAGUUACGAUUAUUUGAGUAACAGUUCGUAUGUCAAUCACACAGGAACGGAUUAUCAUGGUACUUUGUGCGCAGGAAUAUCUUCAGCCGUCAUGAAUGACGAGUGUGUGCUUGGAAUGGCCUAUAUGUCAAAGUUUGCAGCCGUGAAAAUCUUUGAUACCUUCUAUGGCCUCACUGAUUUUGGGGAGUCUUUAGCACUGGUUCACGACCUUGCACGAACAGAUAUCUAUUCCAACAGCUGGGGCCCUAUUGACACAGGGGAUAUUUUUGCAGGACCUGGCGAAUUAGCUAAAAUUGCUCUUAAACAGGCUGUGAAUGAGGGCCGCAAUGGGUUGGGUGCUAUAUAUACAUGGGCAGCUGGCAACGGUGGUAUAUAUGAUGACUGUAAUUGUGAUGGGUAUGCCAACAGCAUUUACACCAUAUCUGUGACAAGUAUAGGUCGGGACCAGGCGCUAGCUUUCUAUUCGGAGGAAUGCUCCAGUGUCAUGGUGGGAACGUACAGUGGAGAUAGCCCUGACCUCACUAUUGCUUCCACAUUUACAGAUGGGGGUUGCACCGAUUUAUUCCAGGGAACAUCUGCGUCAUGUCCUAUGGCAGCAGGAAUAAUUGCCCUCGUUCUGGAGGCUAAUCCAACUCUCUCGUGGAGAGAUGUACAACAUUUGAUCGUUGAGACAUCAACUAGGGAUGGACUUAUCACAGCCAACUGGCAAACUAAUGGCGCUGGCUACAAAGUCAGUCAUGGUGUAGGUUUUGGUAUGAUGAAUGCAGAAGCUAUGCUAGAUGCUGCUCUGAACUGGCGGAAUGUUCCAGCACAAGUUAUGUGUGAAAGUGAAAUGGUAGUUGUUAACAGAAGUUCUAAUAACGGAGUCUAUGUUAUAAGUGAGCAUGAAAGCGAUGGGUGCUCAGGAAGUGUACAAUACCUUGAGCAUGUAGAAGUGACCAUGACAUUCCAAGCUACAUACAGAGGUUCCAUGCAGAUGCCCCAUCCAGGUAAUGUUCAUGCUUAUGCUCAGUAA